CAGCGAGGGACGCUCGCCACCUCCGGCUCCGCGCUGCUCGAUCGCAAGAGUCUCCUCUGCCCGGCGUGAUCAUAGCAGGGCAUCCUCGGAUCAUCUUGGGAAGGGGGAAAGGAUGACAAUGAUGGAUCACCAGUACCCUUCUUGGAUCUUUGUCAAUGAGAGGACAUUCAUAACCAGGGAACAACUUAAUUCUUUACUGGAGGCUUAUAAUGUUUUCUAUGAAAACCAGAAAAAUCUGCAUAUUUUGUAUGGACAGACCGAAGACGGACAACUGAUUGUUGAAGGAAUGCUGGAUAUUUUCUGGGGAGUAAAACGACCCAUACAGCUCAAAAUACAAGAUGAGAAGCAAAUCUCUUCUUUUGAUCUGUUGAAGUCAUCGGAAACAUUUUCCAGCAAAGGGCGGAUGACUCGCUGGGGAGAGUUUGAUGACCUUUAUCGUAUCAGUGAGCUGGACAGGAGCCAAGUUCUGCUGUCUGAAGGAAGGCAUUCCCCAGAAGACUAUUUAUCUUAUCACAGCACCCUGAAGCCGUAUGCAGACGAAGAGCCAGCAUCCCCGUUGCUCUAUAGGACCAUGAGUGAAGCAGCCUUGGUGAGAAAAAAGAUGAAGCCUCCAUCGAUGUACAGAAAAGACAGACGCAGCCACAGAGCCUCUAUCAACGGACACUUCUAUGACCAUGAGACAUCUAUUUUCACCCCAACCUUUGGAUCAGAAACCAAAGUCAGAACAAAUAGUAACAUGAGAACUGAAGAAGUAAUAAAGCAACUUCUCCAAAAAUUUAAGAUUGAGAAUAGCCCUCGGGAUUUUGCUCUUUACAUUAUUUUUGGAACAGGAGAGCAGAGAAAACUAAAGAAGACUGAUGUCCCGCUGCUGCAGAGGCUUCUACAAGGACCAUCCAAAAGCAACGCUCGGAUCUUCCUCAUGGAUAAAGACACAGAAGAAAUUAGCAGUGAUGUGGCGCAGUACAUUAAUUUUCACUUUUCUUUCUUGGAAUCCAUUCUUCAAAGAUUAGAUGAGGAAGAGAAAAGGGAGACUGAAAGGAUAAUGGCGAAAUUCAAUACCGAAAGGGCCUUUAUACUGAAGUGUCUUCAGAGUAAACAGGCAGCGAAAACAGAGACCACCGUCUAGAAGCACUCACAGCACCUACUGCUAGCCUGCAUGCCUCACAGAGCUGGAGAGGGUACUGUCAAAGGAAUGGACAGUCGGCCUCUGCAUUCUGGUGUGAAUGACCUUGAAGCCGUGGAAAACUGAAUGCCAAGCAGCCUGCUUCCUCUUUGAAAUGACGAGGUUGGCUGCAGUUCGGAGUUGGACUGAGGCAAAAUUGGACUUCAUUUUCAGUAACUGAAGGAAGCCUGGAUACUGUGUAUUCCAAAUGUCAUUUAUAGCAAAUUCCUUAGUGAACUCAGAUUUAAGUGGCCUCUGCUGAUAUCAUGCGGUUUAAACUUGUUUUUAUCUUGCACUCUGAAAAAAACUGAGACAUUUGCUGACUCAUAAAUGAUUGGAAGUAAACACUUCACUUCUUGAUGUCAAUGGGACACACAUUCUCAAGCCAUCAAGGACCUGAAAUGGCCAUGUUUUACAGCUGUGUAAACAAUUGAGCAUUUUCAUAAAAUUUAGAAAUAUCUCUGCAAGGAUUAAUGAUUUUUAACUCUGUAGUAUCAGAGCCAUCUGUCCUUUGGGAAUAAAAUUAUUUUGGACUCUGUAAAGAAACCUAAACUCAAGGCUGGAGAGAAGGCUAAGUGGGUAAGAGCACUGACUACUCUUCCAGAAGACCUGGGUUCAGUUCCCCAGCACCCAUGUGGUGACUCACAGCCAUCUACAACUCCAGUCCUAGAGGACCUGACACCCACCUCUGUGGGCACUGCACACACAUGGUGCACAGACAUACAGGCAAGCAAAACAUCCAUAACACAUACAAAUAAAUAAAAAAUAAAAACCUAAACCCCGAUUUUUCUCAACUUGGGCCCUUCAUUUUGCCCUCCCCCACCACACACACACACACACACACACACAUCUAUUCUAGUGAUAACUUCCAAGCUGGCUUUAAGUGUCUUAAAAGUUGGUUGUAUUCAUUUUCUUUAUCUUUGCAAACAAAUAUAUCACACACAUAGAAUGUACUAUAUUAGGUAGAACAAGAUUUGACUGCAAAUACCUAGUUGUUGCUGGUGAUUGGUGUGGAUAAAGCCAAGCUUCUGUAGCUGAACCAGGAGGGGCAUCACAGCAUCCCUGCUGUUGCGUGUGACACUUUCGAGGUACUCACAGGUCUGCUAAUCCCACUUGGAAAAAAAAUAUUAUGGAAUUUUGUUUGUAAACUCUUUAGCAGUGUGGAGUUUUAAUCAAUAUUCUUCUAGCCCCAAAAUACUUCCAUUUGAAUUCUUUAUUUUAAAUUGGUCAAUCAUGGUACCUGUACUAAGGUAAGGUUGUAUUUUCAAUAUUAAAUUGUGAAACAGAUGUAAUAGUGAGUUAUUCAUUCUCAGCAUCCCCAGAAUCUGAACUGGGUGACAGCGUAGGAACACUGUGGCAUUUCUGCCCCAGGAAGUCUCCCUCAUUGAUUGAAACAAAGUCUUGUAUUUCUAAUACUUUGCCCAUCAAUCAAGAAAGGCACAGUUUCAUCUCACUGAAAAUGGAGCAAAAGAUCAUAAUAUAUUUAAAACCCACCCAGGUAUGGUGAUAUAUCCUUGUAAUCCUACCACUCAAGAGUCAAGGCAGGAAGAUUAUUAUAAAUUCAGGCCAGCUUGGACUACAUAGUGAAUUCCAGGCCAACCUGUGUCCCAGAGUAAGGCCAUCUCUCAAAAUGUUUAUACAUAUAUAUGUGUGUGUGUGUGUGUGUGUGUGUGUGUGUGUGUGUGUGUAGUAUACAAAGUGAAUACAAAACUCAGCAAGCCUUGCACAGAAAAAGACAGAUGGUCUGAAAACUCACAGAAAAGAAAAUGCAAGUAACUAUUAAGUGUGUGCAAAGUAUUGCAUCUAACUGUGUUUAUCAAUUCAGGUCAGAAGAGAGAAACUGCAGUAACACGGGCAAAGUUUAGCAUGAAGAAUUAUUAAGCUAUGAUAGGACAGCAACAAUGAAGAUGGGAAGAGAACUCUAAUGGGUGCCCGGCAAAGGGAGCCCCACACAGUGCUGUCUUGAGUAUUUGUGGAGUGAGGAGAAAAUGUAGGCACAAUGAUUUUGACCAAGGAUCCAGCCCGCACUUGGUUCCAGGUUAUGCCACGACUGCCUGAAUCAAAAGCUAGAAAAGCAGGCUAAGUAGACAGAGACAGAGAAAUCUGCACCUACUGGCUGCUAGCGUUGGAGAAACCCCUGGAUGCAGAGUGUCCAAGGAAAAAUCCCGUCUCCAACAGCCUGGGUGGGGGAUAUCAAAGACCUCUGACAGCAAUGUUUUUUCUAGCACGCCCUCUGCUGG